UGCAAAUCGCUCGCUGCUACCAUCCACUCACUACCCAACGUCGUCGAGAUGGCAAAGGCAACAAAGCAGACGAAGAAGUUUCAGAAGAACCAUCUCAAACGCGCCAUCGACGACCGCAAGAACUUUCAAAAGAAGAAGGCCGGAAUCGAGAGAGCAAAGAAGGCAAAGGAUGCCAGAUCAAAACGUUCCAAGGGGGACAGACAUGCCGCAGUAGGGGAUGACGAGGAAGACGAAGAUGAUGAAGCAGACGAGGCAGGAGCAGGCAGCGACGAGGAUGAGAUGGACGCGGAAGCAGGCCCAAGCCGUUUCCAAGGAAUGAGCGUCGAGGAAUUCCUUGGCGGAGGAUUCAAAGCUGGCAUGGAUGACGAAGAGGAAGACGGCAACGAUGAUGAAGAGGCCGACAUGAGCGAGAUGGACGACAUCUCAGACGGAGAGAUGCACGCCCAAGACCUCGAGAAGCUCAAAGAGAAGGAUCCCGACUUUUACCGCUAUCUUCAGGAGAAUGAUGAGGAGCUGCUCAAAUUCGCCGGAGAGGAUGCCAGCGAUGAUGACGACGAGGAUGAAGAACCACAGAAGGCUUCAAGCUCGGCCAAGGGCAAGGGCAAGGCGACUCAAGCCGACUCGGACGACGAAGAAGACGAGGAGGAAGCCCAGCACGUCGUCACAAUGAAGACGCUGCGGGGUUGGCAGCGAGCUAUGAUCCAACAUCGAUCUCUCAAGGCCCUCCGCAAGCUUCUCCUUGCCUUUCGUUCUGCAGCGCACAUGGACGAUCCAGAGGACGAGCGACCGGAACAGAGCUUUGUAGUUGAAGAGGCAGCCGUAUUCAACAAGCUGCUCCUCACCGUCUUCAAGUACACGCCCGUUGUGCUGCAACAUCACAUCCCUGCAAAAGAGACGCAGCAGGGACGUUUCAAGCUGCCAACGAACAGCAAGAAGUUCUCCAUCCUGCAGAGGCCGAUUCAGACGUACUUCUCGAAUCUGCACCACCUGCUCAAAUCCCUGCCGGAGCAGGAGAUGGUCUACGUGGCUGUGACGGAGAGUGCGAGGAUGGUACCGUUCUUGAUGAACAACAGGAGGAUGGCGAGGGAAUACGUCAAGACUAUGCUGGACUUGUGGGCUACGGCGUCGGAUCGCGUGAGGAUUGCGGCUUUCCUCUCGGUGAGGAAGGUGGCCAAGGCGGGAGAUGAGGCGAUGCUUGAUCUCUGCUUGCGCGGAGCGUACCUCUCUUUCAUCAGGAGCACGAAACUCACAACAAUCCACACCCUCCCCUCGAUCAACCUGAUGAAGAAUUCAGCCUCAGAGCUCUACGCUCUUAACUCCAGCGCCUCCUACCAACAAGCCUUCUCCUUCAUCCGCCAGCUGGCCAUCCACCUCCGCAACGCCCUCAAAACGCGCAGCGCCGAGAGCUUCAAGAGCGUCUACAACUGGCAGUAUGUGCACUGCAUCGACUUCUGGAGCAUCGUCCUUGCAGCAGCGUGCGAUCGUCAACGUGGAGUAGAGAGCGAGAUGCAGCAGCUCGUCUACCCGCUUGUGCAGGUGGCAAGUGGGGCCAUCAGGCUCAUCCCGACAUCGCGCUACUUCCCGCUGCGAUGCCAUCUGCUGAGGGCUAUGUUGCGUCUCAUGCAGCGCACAGGGGUGUACAUCCCUCUUGGAUCGAGCCUGUUGGAGAUGCUCUCUGCUCCGGAAUUCCUGCGAAAGGCCAAGGGCUCGACGCUGAAGCCACUUGACUUCACUACAACUCUGCGAGCGCCGGCCUCGUACGUGCGCACCCGCGUCUACGCCGACCAACUGGCAGAGGAAGUUCCCUACCUCCUUGCCGAGUUUCUCGCCACGCAGUCACGCUCCAUCGGUCUGCCGGAGCUCGUAGUCCCGCUCGUCUUCCAAGUGAAGCGAACGCUCAAGCACUCGACGAGCCCGAAGCUCAGCUCGGCUUGCAAGCAAUUGCUGGCCAAGGUAGAGGCGAAUGUGCGAUUCGUCGAGCAGAAGAGGCAGAACGUCGAGUUUGCUCCUAGCAACUUGAAGGGAUUGGAGGGCUUCCUGAGCGAGAUGGGGGAGGGAGAGGAGACGCCCCUUGAGGCGUGGGUGAGGUUGGCGCGCAAGGUUAGGCAGCAGAAGAGGCGGGUGGUGGAGGAGAUGGAGCAGCAGGUGUAGGGGGGAUUCGACAGUUUCUUUCAUUGUUGUCUCAUGCGAUACACUCACUCGCGACAUUUGAUCUGACGUUGCGGC